AUGAAGCUUAGUAUAGCAAAUCCAGAAAGAACAACGCAAAAAGUUGUGGAAAUCGAGCACAAUGUGCAAUCUGCGCUGUACGAGAAGAGAAUCAAAGACAUAAUAGACGGGAAAGUGAUUUCUAACGAGUGGGCGGGGUUCCUCCUGCAGAUCACCGGAGGAACCGACAAGCAAGGAUUCCCGAUGAAGCCAGGCGUUAUGACCCCAGAGAGAGUUAGGCUGCUGCUUAAGAAGGGAGACAUUGGAUUCCGAUGCACUGACAAGUCGCUCAGAAGAAGAAAGAGCGUCCGAGGAGACGUGGUGUCCGAGCAGAUAGGAGUGCUCAACCUAAAAGUAGUGAAGGAGGGAGAGCAUGUUUUCGAGGGGUUCAACGACAUUGUAAACCCUCUGCCAAAGGGGCCAAAGAGGGCCACCAAAAUCAGAAAGCUCUUCGGCCUCAGCAGCGAUGUCAUCGACCUGGAAGAGUACGUUGUAGGAAGAACAAAGGUCACCAAGAGCGGAGAGACCAAGGUGGUCAAGCCAAAGAUCCAGAGACUUAUCACAGAGAAGCGCAUCCAGAGAUGGGAGGCUCGAAUUUCUGAGAGAAUCCAGAGACAGAAGCUUGGGCGUGAAAAGAAGGCCAAGUACUUCGCCAUGAUGAAAGAGAGGGGAAUACUGACCAGCAGAAGCGAAAAUUUCAAAAACAAGAGGGCAACCGCAGUUUAA